UGAAACUUAUAAUAUUUCUGCAACUUGGGAUAUAAAAUGUGCAUUAGAUAUGGGUGUCUGUUGCAUUCAACUUCCACAAGAACAUAGUUGGUGUCUGACAUGGCUCUUAGAGUGGAAAUAGUGUCGAGAGAAAUAAUCAGGCCUUCUUCUCCGACCCCGGAUGGCCUCAAGAGUUUCAAGCUCUCUUUUCUUGAUCAGUUAGCGGCUACUCUUCAUGUUCCACUAGUACUGUUUUACCCCGGAAGUACUGAUCAAUUUUAUCAAAAGAAUUCGUCGUACCAGACCCUCAAGGAAUCUCUAUCACUGACCUUAACAGAAUUGUAUCCUCUUGCUGGCAGGCAAAAGAGUCAGUACCUAAUUGAAUGCAAUGACGAAGGUGCUGAAUAUGUGGAAUCCCGUGUGAUUUGUGACAUGGCUUCUGUGACAGAGCAUCCAAAACUGGAUCAUCUCCGGAUGUUACUUCCCUACAAUCCCCACCAACUUUCAUCACAGAAUCAGCUGAGCAUGGACCAGGUAGCCCUCUUAGCUGUGCAAGUUAACAGAUUCUCGUGUGGUGGAAUCGCGAUAGGGGUUUGCAUUCGUCAUGUCAUAGCAGACGCUGCAGCAACUGCAACGUUCUUCAGAACAUGGGCUAGAAAUAAUGCCUCAUGUUACAGAAAUGUCACUGAAUAUAUUCCCAAAAACUAUGUGUUUGAUUGCACUUCUUUGUUCCCUCCACAAGAUAUCGCGCUUGCUUUCAGCGCUAGAGCCUCCAAACACAACCAGAUAAUUCACAAAACUGUGACUAAGAGAUUCAUUUUAAGUGAUUCAGUAAUCAAGGACCUCAGAAAGAAAUGCAGCAUGGAUGAUGAUCAUGAUAAUGUCAAUUACCCAACUCGUGUUGAAGCCGUCGUGGCCUUCUUGUGGACAACAAUCAUCCAGUCGAGUAGGAAAAGGCUCAAAAGGCACGAAAUUUUGCUAACAGUGAACUUGAGGAAAAGGAUGGUUCCAGCAAUCCCCCCUCACAGCAUAGGUAAUGUUUUCCAGCCUUCAAGAGCACAAUGGGAGGCAGGCGAAGAGAAGAUCGCAGACUGUAAAAUCUUAACUAAAAAAGUAUCAAACGAUUUAAGGAAGAUGGAAGAUGGAUAUAUAAGGAAGAUCUUCGAGAAUGGUAAUUUCUUCAAAGGGAUGAAGGAAAGAUUAAAAAUGGUGGCAAAUAAAAGUGAAGAGAUGGGGACUUUUGCAGUUAGCAGUUGGUGCAGAUUUUCAUUUUAUGAGACUGAUUUUGGAUUUGGAAAGCCAAGUUGGUAUGGAACUUGUUUAAAUUAUAUAAAUUCUGCAAUUCUAAUGGAUACUAGUGAUAGUAAGGGGAUUGAAGCAUGGGUUACAUUAGAUGUGGAAGACAUGGAAAAACUUGAGCAGAACUCUGAGUUUCUUUCAUGUUUUUCUGUGAGUUUGAGCCAAACUGUUUGAUCAUAAUCCAGUUUCUUCUUUCCUGUUUUCUUCUGCACUGUUUCAAUUUAAGAUUCAAGUCUCUUGUCAGUAAA